ACAGAGAGAAAGGGAUUAGGGCGAGAGCACUGGAAGUUAAAUUGUGCUGCAUAUAAAAAAUGGGCGGAUUGGUCUCUAGAUGAGAGCUUGGUACCACCUUCCUUUCUAAAAUAAAAUCUCUCUGGCAUGAAGUCACAGCCUAUUUCACAUCCGGUUUACCCUGGGACGUAUUACUACUGUCUUGGUAAAGAGAAAGCUUUUGUUGUAUAGCGGCGGUUGGAAUAUUGGGAAGAGAAAUUUGGGUGCCGAGCGCGGAGGAGCGGAGCAGCGGCGGCGCCGGCGAUGGCUGAGGCGGAGUGAGCGGCGGAGCCGGAGCCGCGCAGCCUCCGCGCCGCGCGGGCGGGAGGGCACCCCCGGCAGAGCCGGUCAGCGCCGCCGCGGACCCGCGCCCGAGGGGCUCCCGUUCCAGAGCCGACCAUGAAGAGAUUCCUGGUGCUUUGUGACUGCCUCUGGGCCUGGGGCCUCCUUCUGAAUGCACUGACUGAAAGAAGCUAUGGACAAACCUCAUCACAAGAUGAACUUAAAGACAACACCACAGUAUUUACCAGAAUAUUGGAUCGUCUGCUGGAUGGUUAUGAUAACCGCUUGAGACCAGGACUGGGAGAGCGUGUAACUGAAGUGAAGACUGACAUCUUCGUCACCAGUUUUGGGCCUGUUUCAGACCAUGAUAUGGAAUACACUAUAGAUGUAUUUUUCCGCCAAAGCUGGAAAGAUGAGAGAUUAAAAUUCAAAGGACCUAUGACUGUUCUCCGGUUAAAUAAUUUGAUGGCCAGCAAAAUCUGGACACCUGAUACCUUUUUCCACAAUGGAAAGAAGUCAGUGGCUCAUAACAUGACGAUGCCAAAUAAACUAUUACGAAUUACAGAGGAUGGGACGUUGCUAUAUACAAUGAGAUUGACUGUGAGAGCAGAGUGUCCAAUGCAUUUAGAAGACUUUCCUAUGGAUGCACAUGCUUGCCCCUUGAAAUUUGGAAGCUAUGCUUAUACCAGAGCAGAGGUUGUGUAUGAAUGGACACGGGAACCAGCAAGGUCAGUGGUUGUGGCUGAAGACGGCUCUCGAUUGAACCAAUACGAUCUGCUCGGACAAACUGUGGACUCUGGAAUUGUUCAGUCCAGUACAGGGGAAUAUGUUGUUAUGACUACACAUUUUCAUUUGAAGAGAAAGAUUGGUUACUUUGUCAUCCAGACUUAUCUGCCAUGCAUCAUGACAGUGAUACUGUCACAGGUGUCCUUCUGGCUUAAUAGAGAAUCCGUUCCAGCAAGAACUGUAUUUGGAGUGACAACUGUCCUGACAAUGACUACUCUGAGCAUCAGUGCACGGAAUUCGCUCCCCAAGGUGGCCUACGCCACUGCUAUGGAUUGGUUCAUAGCGGUGUGCUACGCCUUUGUGUUCUCUGCACUCAUCGAAUUUGCAACAGUGAAUUACUUCACAAAGAGAGGCUAUGCAUGGGAUGGCAAAAGUGUCGUUCCUGAAAAGCCAAAGAAAGUGAAGGAUCCUCUCAUUAAGAAAAAUAACACGUACACAGCUGCAGCUACAAGCUACACCCCUAAUAUUGCAAGGGACCCUGGGCUGGCAACCAUUGCUAAAAGCGCAACAAUCGAGCCCAAAGAAGUUAAGCCAGAAACAAAACCUGCAGAACCCAAGAAAACUUUUAACAGCGUCAGUAAAAUUGAUCGACUAUCAAGAAUAGCCUUCCCAUUGCUUUUUGGAAUCUUUAACUUAGUCUAUUGGGCUACCUAUUUAAACCGGGAGCCCCAGUUAAAAGCUCCAACUCCACAUCAAUAACCUCAUUUAUUCGUAUAGUUCUGUUUUGUCUUUUGCUCUGGGAAUUGCUUCCCGUUUUCACAUACAGUAAUUCCCAUUUGCUUCAUUGCCUCUGUCUUAAAGAAAAGAAAGGUUUCUUUAUUUAACAAAAGGUAAUAUAUAUCUGUAUAUUUAAAAAAACUGUGUGUGAGGGAGAGAACAAUAUAAGCUAUAUACUUUGGAAAAGUGGUUCUGGAAACAGGAAAGAAAGAGUUGUAGGGUAAUAAAGAAAAAAGGAUACCAUUUGUAGAUAACUUAGUACUGAAUGUUGCCAAAAGGUAUUGUAUAUGUACGUGAAAAAGAUAUUUUUAUUCAAAGGAUUGUGGGGAAUGGGAAAAAUAUUCUUUAUGACGUUCCUGAUGCACAUACCGUAUCAUUUAUUCAACCACUGUUUAUAAGAUUUUCAAGGAUGUAAAGCUUUCCAUUUGCUGAAUCCCAUAAGAUGUGUUAUUUUCCUAAUCCCUUUUCUCUUCUAUAUUCCAAACCACCUGACUUAUAAUAUUAAAUGGUCUUUAAAGAAAAAGGAAAUCUACUCACUCUAGGUACAGUUUGUCACUGUAUAGCACAUAAGAUCCAAUGGUAAGAAAUGCUUUAAUCUGCCAUUUUACUGCAGUCUUGUUCUAAGCAUUAAGUUGUCACUAGACUAGACUUAAAACCAGCUGCACGAUCAAGUGCAGACCCCAAGUUCCCUCUAUCACCUGUGUAAUCCAAACAAUCCCUGGAUGCUUUUACAGAUAGCUUUUACUCAUCACUAUGUUUUAGAGAGUUAAACAACAAACCAACAAUUUUUGCAAGCUCUAGAUAUGUUGAAUGUAUUCUUUUAUAAAAUGAUACAUUAAAAAGAAGCUUUAGAUUGAGAUUUAUGGGUAGCAGAAAGACAAAAUAUAGUAUUUAAAUAAUAUAUGUAAAUAUGCAGCAUGAGAUUGUACAUUUUUUUACUUUUUUAAAGUUGUGUUCUUAAAACAUUGUGUAGGAUUCACCUCUUAGCUCUUAAUAUGUUGUUAAAUGCUCAAUAAAACAUAUUUAGAGCCUGAAUAAUAAAAGAACAAUCAGUGGUACUGGAAAGCCUAAAAAAAAAUACACAGGAAGUGCUUGGAAUUAAUUCCAUUUGUAAAGUGGUCAAGUGUACAGUAGCUUGCAAUUUGACAAUGCCAUCCAAUGUAUACUAUUAGAUUAAUGACUGGUCUGCUCAGGUCAUGCAUAAAUACUAAAGUAUGGGAUUAUAUUUGGUAGGUAAAAAUGGUGAAAUAUUUGUUAAGACAGAAGUUCAUCUGUAUAUUACUGCUAUAUUUGCUGAUACAUAACUGUUACAAUAAGUGAUGUAAUAUAUGUAGCAUUAAAUACAAAAAAGUCAUAAUAAAAGAAUGUACAGGAAAAUAGAUUUUAUUGAGUAAACUUACUACAUUUCAUUUUUACUGUAGCAAUAUAUUUGUAGGAACAAUACGUAAGGGCUUUAAAUACAAGAUGUCCAUUUUGCAGGUAUCGUGCUCCCUUUAAAAAAAUUCUAGUCAGUGUCAUUACUGCUGAUUCUUAGAAUAAAAUUUCAGAUAAAGAUUUUUCAAAGAGAUGGGAAGACUGGUGAAUAUUAGCAAGCAUCAAUUAAACAACCUUAAUAUAUGGUAUUGAAUGAAUUUUAAAACAAUGUUACAUGAGCCUACAGAGAAACAGCUACUGAGAGUCAAAUUUCAUAGGCAAUGUUUUCUAAACUCUUUCUCAAUAAAUGAAGAAGUUGAUAUUCUCUAUCUACAAAAGGAAAUAGUCAAUGUUUUAUUUAGAGAAUAUUUUUUUUUUUUAAACAAUGCUUCAUUGUCUAACAUUUAGUCCUGUCUAAACUUGAUAAGUUAUCUGAUUGAAGGUUAUUAAAAGGGGAUGUUUCAUCUUCUGGCAUCAUGUGUAGAUAUAUGUAUAGAAAAAAAUAAACUAUGGCUCUUUAACUUC